GUCAUUUUGUUAUUGUCAAGUGUCAACCGGCCAACUUCAAACUUGGUUAUUUUUCGAGUUACGUGCUAUGAUAUCACAGGGGGCAAACCAGUGAAUAAUGUUUUUGUUUUGUCGUAUAUUAUCAGAAUAUUCUAGUUCAUUGUCCUCAUAACCAAUUGGUAUUGUCUACGCGCUUAUUUUUCUGUUGUUUAUAUUAAUUACAGGAAUAUUUGUCAGUGUCAAAAUCAGCUGUUUUGUGUUAGUGGACACUCCUAAUGUGAGUUUGUGAUGUGAUUAUUCGACUUUAGUGCCAGAGUAUUCAUUGUGAUCAUAAAAUUUAGCACCUAAAUGGUACUUCAAUGGUACUUCAACCAAAAUGAUUUCAAAGUGUAGUGCCUCUUGUAUUUUAAUUCCAUUAUUUUGUCUGGCUGUCUCAGUUGUUGCACAAGAUGUAAAUAUAACUAUACCAUUAAACAAUACAAUAACUUAUGAGAACAGAGAAAUCUACGGAGGCUUCUUAUUAAUAAAUGGGUCUUCAACAGUCCAUGCAACAUUCAACAAUAUUAAUAAAGACCUAAGUUUUAUUGUAUUUCAAGUGCACAGUCAUUUGUUAAAUGUAACGCUGUAUACAGCUCUUAAGCCAGAUUCACAAGUUAAAGGAACAAAUGUGGGUCUCGUAAGUUUUAUGAAUGCGAUAGACUCGUUUCAUAUUUACAAUAAAAAUGAAAAUGCAACUGUUCGGGUCUAUAUAUCUGUCCAUGGUUAUUUAGAUCCAGAUCCUGUACCGGGAGGAUGUAACAUGGAAUUCCCCGUACCAAUAUCUCCAUACCUUCUAACUCGAACAAACAACGAUUACAUAACGGUUGACGCGGCACUAGCCUCCUUGGAACCAACCUGCAGGGAGAAUCAGCAGCCAAACAUAACAUUCUAUAUGAUGUACUUGCCAGAAAUGAACUUCUACGCGGAUGCGUAUUUUGACGGUAUCAGAAAAAUGAUGACUUUGAAAAACAUAGUUAAAUAUGGACUAAAAAUCCCCAAGAGCUCAUUCCCGAUAAACCGGCGCAUAUUAAGCGCUUACCCUGGUACCGGAGUCAUAUUCACAGUGGUAGCCACACACGUAACCCAAGACCUGGCCGCUACGGAGACGUACUCCGUGUAUGUACCGAGCUAUAGUUACGGUUGUCCUUCCGUAGACGAAGAUGGCUGUGAUAUUAUGGAUGACAUGUUCACCCAAUUUCUGUGCGCGAUACUCCUGUUUGUUGGCUUGUUCGUAUGUUUCUUCGGACAUCGAUUCUUCAAGACUGAAAUGUUCCUAGCUGGAUUUUUCAGCGGUGUUAUUAUAACCUACAUACUUGUAGCUAUCAUCACUGUUGUUGAUAAACCUGAGCUACUCGCGGCGUCCACGUUGUCUGGAGUAUUCUUUGGUGCAAUAUGGUUGUUAUUCUGGUGGCUGUACGGCAUACCAGUGAUAGCAGUACUUCUGCCGUCUUUGAAUCUCGGAUUCUUGUUGGCUUCCAUAUUUUACUACAGAUUGCCUGGCAACAUAACAUACUUAGAAGUGGACUUCAAUUUCUGGACACCAUUCGUCUUGGUCAUGUUGCUAACGGCUCUUGCAGUCGUCUCAGUGACUUACGCGGCAAACAUUCUGUGUUGCGCAAUACUCGGCGCGUACGCAACCGUGCUCUCCGUAGACUAUUACUUGGGUUCGAACCUGAAGUUCAUCAUUAUUAAUACUAUAAGAAGAGCCGUCGUACCGAACUUCAAUAAGGCCACGUUGUCGCCGCCUUUUCAAUUGAAAGAUUUCUCGAUGACACUGCUGUGGAUAAUACUGGCAACACUUGGGUUCUUGUUCCAACACUGGCACAACCGUGGUCGUCCACCCUUCCCCCCUCCCCCCAGAGAUUUGAGGGAGAGCAUGCCAGGGCCUAUGAUGUACGGGUCCGUGAUUGACUAUAGGAGCAGACAAGAACGAGAGUUUAACUCCAGUCCAAACCCGAGAAGAUACGGUACAGAAAGGACUCCUCUCCUAUCCUAAAUUGACGACUGCAAAAUGGUGAAACGGAUAUUAUAAAUAAUACUCUAUACAUUUAAACAUUAGAUCUCAUUACUUGCUUUCUACCAAUGCAAAUAAAAUGAUGUUCACAUAAUAUUCAUAUAAAUGUUUUUGAGGUAUAGCGCAAAAUAGGGUAAAAUUGACCGCUUAAUAUAGGCCUUUUUUUUCUAAGUACCAAAUUCUACUAAGUACCUAAAAAUAUUGCGCGUGCGCAACCAAACUCUUAGGUCGAACUUCACGCGAAAGCAGACUUUACAACUAUUGACAAAAAACUAAACAACAAACUUAACUUGACAAAUAAUUGGCAUCGAAAAAGGGUUAUUUUAGUACUGGCCAAACUGAACUUUAUUUAGAUUGGCGUAAAGUUUGUUUUCGAGUGUUUUAAAUAAAUCAAUUGCUCGGAACUUAGACAACAUUUUCUAAAGAUGAAGAUGUUUGGUUGCGUCUGCGCAUUAUACGAAUAUGUCGUCUUACAAGUACCAAAGUAAUUUUCAAAAUAGUUUUUUUUAUUAGGCCAUUAAAGCCUGGUUAUAACUUAAGGCUUUUGCUGGGCCUUUUGAAGUUAAGUAACUUUGACUAGUUAUUUAAGAACAGUCAUUUUAAAAUUGAUUUUAUUAGUAGUUAUAUUCAUAUGUAAAUUUUUGUACUUUCUACGUUUUAAGUAAAUAUUAAUGUCUUCAUAACACCGUAUCUUUUAAAUUUAAGUAUUGUUCAUUAUUUUAUUUAUUUAUUGCCAAUAUACGAGACAUUACAAGACAAGAAUUUUAAAGUUUUUUCCUGGUUGCUCCUUGACAAUUUGCUCUCAAUUUAUAAGAUAUCAUAGCAUAGAUGAAAUAUAGUGUAAAUGCUAUGCUUCUUCCGAUUUUAAAUCCUAUUCUUAAAAUAUUUGAAGCUUAAGUGAGUGUAAUGUAUGUGAGACUGAGGUAUUGUACACUAUUUAUUAUAUAAUAUGUAGUCAUAUUUAUGAUAUAUGUAAAAUAAUCUAGACUGUUUUAUUACUUAGUAUAUGCUAAUGUGCAUACACGGUGAAUUUGAAUCGUUUUGGAAAUAGAAAAUUGUUUGAACGGCCUUUCUUUUUCUUAAAUGGGGCAAUCUCCCUAAAGGCUGGACCGAUUUGAGUGAAACUUUUUACUACUAACAGCUAGGAUUAGGUUUAUAGAAGCUGUUUUAGUAAAAGGUUUUCGUGUAAACGAAGAACACGGGAAAUUUGAAUAAAAUCCUCUGGAAUAACUAUUUUUUCGGUACAGAUAAAGUCGAUUUUAUUUCCAAAAUGAUUGUAAAAUCACACUGUACUUAUAUAAACAUUGUAUUCGCUGUGAAGAUUGAAUGAACAAUAAUAUAUGUAUGUUAUCAUAUCAAUUGUGAUGAAAGACUGUACUGUGUGGUGAUAAGUAGGUGAAGUGUAAACCUUUCCAUUUUACGCCAAUAAAUGUUUAAGAAGUCA